CUGUGGGGUGCCCACUAACUGAAGCUAUUUUAUACACGGAUUCAAUCGAGAGGUUGAGAUUCAUCUUAUGCAUCCAAAUGUAGUAACCUUUGGUGUGAGUUUCUGUUGAAACUGUUGAAAAUAAGAAAUUCUUACCAUGGCUCGAGGAGUUCCACCUUGGUAUCAUGGCAAGAUUUCAGCCGAUGAAGCGACAAAGAUUUUGGUAAAAUUCGGGCAACCGAGUGCCUUUCUACUCCGUGAUAGCCAGUACUCAGAGGCAACAUUUACUUUAUCUGUAACUGGUCCUCGACAAGAAAGAGAUGGCAAAUUCAACAUCCAGCACUACAGAAUACUAAAGAAGACCAAUAACAGAUCGCAGUGGGAUAUACUCAGUUUUCCUUCUCGUAACGAACUACGUGAUUGCAUGCUACAACAAGCACCCGAAUCUCGAUUAAAGCUUGUUACUCCAGUUGAAAAGCCAUUGAUUGAGAAAUGGGAUUCCACUGACAAGCACUGGCGUGAUCGCAUAACAUUAUGCGAUGCAGACAGAGAUGUUAAGGAAGAAGUACCUGUGGAAACAAAAAAAAAACCAAGAAAAAGAACUGGGAUGCUCAAUUGCAUUCGUCAAUUGUUUUGCUCGUCUCACGAUCACACAGAGGACGAAGAUGACCAUAUUUACGCCACUAUUGAUGAUUUAACUCCAUCACAAGGCGGAAUUGAUGGCACUAAUAGACGGUUUGUGCCUACUUCACAAUGUAAUAAUUCUCAGAAAACGAAUGACCGUAGCAAUAUUCAGCCCAGAUCCAAUUCACAAGACAGUUAUUUGACAGUACAUGACAGCAAGCAGACGGAGACUGUCCCUACUUCAACAGACGGUAAUUCAGCAUUGGAUGACCCAAACUAUAAUGUGCCCAGAUCCAAUUCACAAAACAGUUAUUUGACAGUACAUGACAGCAAGCAUACGGAGACUGUCCCUACUUCAACAGACGGCAAUGCAGCAUUAGAUGACCCAAACUAUAUUCAGCCCAUAUCCAAUUCACAAAACAGUUAUUUGACAGUACAUGACAGCAAGCAGACGGAGACUGUCCCUACUUCAACAGACGGUAAUGCAGCAUUGGAUGACCCAAACUAUAUUCAGCCCAUAUAGACAAAGACGAAAAGACAAAGACGAAAGCGAUGAGUACGCAAGCCCCACGGCACUUGGCCAAUACAAAACGGCGAACAACGAUGAGAAUGCCAUCUAUCAGUCUCCUACUUCUAACAAGAAGCUACUAAAUGGUAGAGGAACACAAGUGGACAAUCCUGAA